AAAACUACGUUUCCCAUGGAGCCCUGCGCCGUGCCCAAGAAUCCGUGGAAAACCGAUUGCGCCUGCGUAUCCAGACGUGGCAACGGCAUCAUGGCCUCUUGGAACCGCUACAGGAGUCGGAUUCGAGAGGCGAAAAUGUUCGUGUUGGUGUUGCUGGUGUGGCUGCUGCCAGUGCUAGAGGCGGUGAAGGUGUCUCCUCUCAUAGAGAAGGUCGGUGACCACAAAGACUUCAAGAAGCUUCUCAGGACGAGAACCAACGUUCUGGUGCUCUACACAAAAACAGCUACAUCAGGGGACUCUCACCUGAAACUGCUAUCAGAUGUGGCCCAGACAGUAAAAGGCCAAGGGACUAUUGCCUGGGUCAACUGUGGAGAUUCAGAAGGUCGUAAGCUCUGUAAGAAAGUGAAGGUGGACCCAAGCUCCAAACGUGGAGGAGCAGAGCUGCUACAUUACAAGGAUGGGACGUUUCACACCGAGUACAACAGGCCCGCUACCUUCAAGUCCAUGGUAACAUUCCUGAAAGACCCCUCAGGACCCCCACUGUGGGAGGAGAACCCUGAGGCAAAAGAUGUCAUCCACAUAGAGACAGAAAAAGACUUCAGGAAGCUGCUGAAGAGGGAGGAGAGGCCGAUCCUCAUGAUGUUCUAUGCUCCUUGGUGUGGCGUAUGCAAGAGAAUGCAGCCCAUCUUUCAGCAAGCAGCCACAGAGACAAAAGGAAAAUAUGUACUGGCGGGGAUGAAUGUGCACCCGGCUGAGUUUGAUGGCCUUAAGCAGGAGUACAACGUCAAAGGCUACCCAACCCUCUGCUACUUUGAGAAGGGGAAGUUCCUUCAUCACUAUGAAAACUAUGGCGCUACAGCCAAGGAUAUCGCUGACUGGAUGAAGAACCCUCAGCCCCCCCAGCCAAAGACCCCUGAGGUGCCGUGGUCAGAGACGGACUCCCCAGUGUUCCACCUGACCGAUGAGUCCUUUGACAGCUUUCUGGAGGAACAUCCCACAGCACUGGUCAUGUUCUAUGCCCCUUGGUGUGGCCACUGCAAGAAGAUGAAGCCAGAGUAUGAUGAAGCCGCUGAAAUACUCAACAGGGGUGCAGACAGUCCAGGUGUGUUGGCAGCAGUGGAUGCCACAGUGCACAAGGCUGUUGGGGAUCGCUUCAAGAUCUCUGGCUUCCCAACUGUUAAGUAUUUUGAGAAAGCCGAGGAGAAGUAUACACUGCCACAACUCCGAAGCAAAGACAAAAUCAUCGAGUUCAUGCACAAUCCCCAGGCACCUCCUCCACCAGAGCAGUCUUGGGAAGAGAAGCCCUCCAGUGUCAGCCAUCUUGGAUCAGAGGAUUUCCGAGAGGCACUGAAAAAGAAAAAACAUGCUCUGGUCAUGUUCUACGCUCCCUGGUGUCCACAUUGUAAAAACGCUGUCCCCCACUUCACCACAGCAGCAGAGCUCUUCAAAGAAGACCGUAAGAUUGUUUAUGCUGCUGUGGACUGUACUAAAGGACAGAACCAUGAGCUUUGUAAGCAGGAAGGGGUGGAGGGUUAUCCAACAUUCAACUACUACAAUUAUGGCAAGUUUGUGGAAAAAUACAAUGGAGAUCGUGGGGAGGCGGGCUUCACAGGUUUCAUGCGCAGCCUAAGAGGACGUGACCAGGAAAAGGUUGUCAAGAGAAAGGAUGAGCUUUGAGAAUGAGGUGUAGGGAGGGGGUGUUGCACUGCACAGUUUGUCAUUGCACUGUGACCCUUGACCCUGGCAAGGGCCCUAUCUGCACUGACAUGGGAGACUUGAUGACCUCAGCGAAAGGCUAUUUUUUUAUAUUGUGGUGAUCACGUUUGUAAUAAUACCAACAGAGUACCUACAUUCAGACCGACCACUUGAGACUUCUUUUUUAUGGAUAUUCUAACGGGCAGAAAAUACACAAAAAAAAAAAAGUGAUAUCAUUUUUUUUCUUUUGUUCUCUUUUUUUGCCCAAACACUGUGACUGCAUAUGUGAAAAGCUACACCCUAUAUAGUAUCUAUGCAAUACCAACCCCUGCUUAGCCCUGUGGGGGUCUGUGUGACUGACUGACACCCAUGGUGGGUGAUGGUGAGCAUCAUUAAAGAUGGAGGCUACACUGUCUGUCACUCCACAGGGGUCUUAAUCCAGUCCCAUCAACCCUGCUCUGUCUCAAAAAAGAGACACAUGCUGAUUACUGACAUACACCUGUUCCAGUAUUUUUGUACAGAAUCUUUAUGUCUCAAGUCCACAACCAUGCAGAAUAUUGCUUUGUUAUCCUCACAGAUCAGUUGGAAGAUAAUUACAUUCAACACUAACUUGUAAAACAGCCCAAAGCUGUGAGAAGUGCUAUUGUAGGUAAUCAGGUACUAUAGUGAUGUGAGGCAGAUGAAAUCAUGCCCAAAGUUCAAUAUUGUGUAUGCUUCCAGGCUUUAAUGAUUAGUUUUACUUUUAAAGGACUUAUACAUUUUUGUUUGCUCAAAACUGUGGCCUUACAGAUAUAAAAAUAAAAGAAAUGCUGGAAUUGCAGAAAUAAAAAAUGAUAAGUGGAGGGGAAUCAGAAGCCUUGCAAUUCCUUCAAGUAAGUCAUGGACAAGAGCAAGUCAAGGCAACAAAAAAAAAAAAAACAAGUAAAAACAUGAAAUGCCAAAUAUUACUGCGCAUUGCCCUUGAUAUUCAUGCUUUGUACAUUUCUAAAUAUUAACAUUCACAGCUGUACUGAUAUUACACCCAUUGUACCUCCUUUGUUUAUUCAGAAUGGGAUUUCAUCAAUGUCUUAACAAGGGUAGGGCUCAUUAACAUAAGCAUGGGAGAUACUCAAGUAUAUUGCACGUUGAUCAUAAAAUAUCCAAAACACGAAUCUUCCUUCUGUCCAGUUUAAAUAUCAGCCAAUAUCUUAUAAUCCUCUCUAUGUUCACACAUUGUUCAGGGAGAGGCUGAAAUAAUUCAGAUGUCUGGUUUACACUUCGGGCAUUCAGGGUUUUGGUUUAAGUUUACCCAGUGUUUUAUGCCCAAAUGUUUCUACCACUUUCUGCUGAACUGAACAACUCCGAGGAUCCCAGAGUAAAAUGACAACACUCUGGCCAGUUUCACCCCAAUCUGCAUCUGCCUGCCAUUCCUUGGUGUUGCUCAGCUCCACUUAGCUCGGACAGUGCUCUCCCACGCCUUCCAUCAUAUUCAAAGGAAUGACCUCACAUCCUAGGAGUAAUUAAAUGUAAAAUUAGUGAAGUCUCCAGACCCCCUCCCGCUUCUCCUGGCAUAACAUCAUCAUUGAUUUGGAGCCAUCAUUACUAUUACCUCUGUGGCUCUUUUUUGUUUAUGCUGUGUGUUUUCAACUCCCGCACUUCAGCCGCUAUAAAUAUUUAAAGGCUUAUCUGUAGCUGAACUUGUUUUAUUAUUCAAGACUUUGGUUUCUUUCAUCAUUAUAACUACUGUUCUCAGGGAUAGCGAAACACAAUUAAAGGGAACUAGUUUGUAACUUUGCAUUCCAGCUGAAUAAUUUUGAGCCCUUAGGUCACCAAAUUAAAUAUUGUUUGUAUCCCAAGAAAAAAUAUUGAAUUGUCCUUUUUCUGUGUUAUAUCAGAACAUCAUGUAUUGAAUAAUUGUCAGUAGACGUUACUUACCAUUUCUCUUCAGACACAUAACGUUGUGACUCUUAAUGGACUAAUUCCAAGUGAAACUGUCUUGAAAUGUUCUGGCUGGCACCAAACACUUUUUUGUGUUCACUGUUCAAUGUGACUAUUAACAUUUAAUGGUAUGCAAGAGCGUUUUGAAAGAGUUCUUUAUACAGAUAGGUGUUGGUAUGUGUAUUUAGAUGUUCAUUCUCUUCUUACGAUGAAGCAAUUACCUUUGAUUGCUGUGUCCAUUUGUUUUUUGUAGAAACCUCUACAGUGACAUCACACAUUUGUUGAAUAAUAGAAGGACCACCUCUGUCUUAUCCCAAAGGUAUCCAUGUUUUGAAUUUGUCACACUUAUGCCAAGAAGUCAUUGUUGCCUUUGUUGAUUUUUCUGUGCCCAGCCAUAUGUACAGUUUUGCCCCUUGCAGUAAAAACCUUGCAAGGUAAAAUAAAAAAAUAAAUAAAGCGUU